AUGACUACCCGUUACGCUCAAGCCCACCUUCCCACUCUCCUCGCCGGACCUGGUGAUGCCCGUCCGACUGCUUUAGACAUCAUCAAGGACAACGACUUGGAGAAUGCUCUCGGCGACAAGAUCAUGCUCGUGACCGGCACAUCCUCCGGCAUCGGUAUUGAAACUGUGCGCGCUCUCAAAGCCACCGGCGCAAAGAUUUAUGCCACCGCUCGCAACCUGGAGAAAGGCCGUCAGGCUCUUGCCGGGGUCCUGGAACCGGGCAAGGUCGAGCUUCUCGAACUUGAUACGGCAUCGUUCGCCAGCGUUCGCGAGUGCGCAAAGGAAUUCCUGGCCAAAGAAUCAAAGUUGAAUGUCCUCAUCAACAAUGCUGGCAUCAUGGCCGUGCCAGAAUGCAGACUGACCGAGGAUGGGUACGAACUGCAGUUCCAAACCAACCACCUUGGCCACUUUUUGCUGUUCCAGCUGUUGAAGCCAACCCUGCUGGCGUCUUCGACCCCGGAAUUUGCCUCCCGCGUCGUCAGCGUCUCGAGCAUAGGCCAUCGGCAAUCGCGCAUUGUCUUCGACGACCUCAACCUCCAAAAGCCGGGCGCCUACGCCCCAUUCGUCAGCUAUGGCCAAUCUAAGACGGCCAAUAUUUACAUGGCCAACGAGAUCGAACGUCGCUAUGGUGCCCGCGGCCUGCACGCCUGGUCUCUACAUCCCGGUGGCAUCGACACCGGGCUUCAAGUACACGUCGACUUCUCUGCGAUGAAGGAGAUUCCAGAGAUCCAACGCGCCAUGAAGUCUCCCGAUCAGGGCGCCGCCACCUCCGUCUUGGCCGCCGUGGAUAAGGAGCUCGAAGGCCAGGGCGGAAAGUACCUCGAUGAUUGUGCUGUCUCUCCACCGGUCAAGCCUGAGUUGGCCUCCGAGCUCGGUGCACCUGGCGCCGCCCCAUGGGUGUAUGAUGAGGAGGACGCGAAGAAAUUGUGGACUGUCAGCAGCAAGAUUGUUGGCGUUGAUGAGGUGUAG